AAGAAGCUGAAUGAGCGGCGGAGGCUUUCUGGUGCUCCGGACCAGGUUUACGAUUUAAAAAAUAUAUAUAUAUAGAUAAACAGCAAAGAGGGCAACAGCUACCUCAAGGAUUAGUCUUUUGUGAAUUCCACGAAACGGAAGUCAAGUGUGGCGCAUUGGAGUGCAAUCUGAAGUGAAGAUUGAAGACGUGAUGAACCACUGCUAUGCUAAGAUGGCGACGUCCAGUCAAAGAGAAGGUGGAAGAGAAUCAGCGCCACCAACUCCCAGCAAAUCAUCGACGGAGAAAAAGCCCCAAACUGCAGACAACGAUGUCCAGCAGGUGAGUGGUCAUCAAGAACAUCCCACUCAGCCACAGGAGCGGAGCUCCACUUUGAACCAGGAGGAUCCACAGCCCCCCCAUGUUAAAGAGGAAGAGGAAGAGCCACAGUGCACCCACAUUAAAGAGGAAGAGGAGGAACUCUGGAUCACUCAAGAGGAAGAGUGUCUUCUAAGGCCGAAGGAGGAUGAUCUCAUCAAGUUGCCACUGACUGUUGUCUCUGUGAAGACUGACGACCAAGAAGACAAACCACCUAAGUCCUUACGUUGGUUGUGUCCUUCAGAGGUCCAGCAGCUGAUUGGUCGUCAAGGACAAUGUCCCCCUCAGCCACAGGGCGGGAACUCCACUUUGAAGCAGGAAGAUCCACAGCCCCCCCAAGUUAAAAAGGAAGAAGAGGAACUCUGGACCACUCAGAAGAGAGAGUGUCAUCUAGGGCUGAAGGAGACUGAGCUCACCAAGUUGCCACUGACUAGUGUCUCUGUGAAGACUGAAGACAAACCACUUGAGUCCUCACAGCUUCAUCACAGUGGUCUUCACCAAGGUGAAGCGAACAGAGAGGUGGGGCCUUCAAGCAGCAGCUCACCAGGACACACAACAACAGAAGCUGAUGGAGACCACUGUGGAGGAUCACAAGCAGACAACCUCUUAGCUCCACUAUCAGAUAGUGACGACACAACGUCACACUCUCCUGAAGAUGAAGACAGGGACAACACCCAAAAACAUUUACGCAGCGAUACAGACUGGGAAGGUGAUAUGAAGACUCACACUAACAACAAGCACUCUCAGUGUUCUAAAAAGAAGACAGACAUCCAGCAGCUAAUUAGUCAUCAAGAAGAAUGUCUCCCUCAGGCGCAGGGGUGGAGCUCCACUUUGAAGCAGGAAGAUCCACAGCCUCCCCAUGUUAAAGAGGAAGACGUAGAAUCACAGUGCACCCACAUUAAGGAGGAAGAAGAGGAGCCGCAACCAACCCACAUGAAAGAAGAAGAGGGGGAGCCACAGCCCCCCCACGUUAAAGAGGAAGAGGAGGAAGUCUGGAUCACUCAGGAUGAAGAGUGUCUUCUUGGGCCGGAGGAGGCUGAUCUCACCAAGUUUCCACUGACUGUUGUUUCUGUGAAGACUGAAGACCAUGAACACAAACCACCUGAGUCCUCACUGCUUCAUCACAGUCCAAGUGAGGAGAACAGAGAGGUGGAGCUUCCAAGCAGCAGCUCACCACAACACAUGACAACAGAAGCUGAUGGAGACCACUGUGGAGGAUCACAAGCAGACAACCUCUUAGCUCCGCUAUCAGAUAGUGACGACACAACGUCACACUCUCCUGAGGAUGAAGACAGGAACGACACCCAAGAACCUUUGAGCGGUGAUACAGACUGGGAAGGUGAUAUGAGGACUCAAACUGACAACAAACACUCUGAAUGCUCGAAAAAGAAGACAAGUAAAAAAUGUUUUACUUGCUCAAUUUGUGCUAAGACUUUUACUCAAAAGUCCACUUUGACUCGACACACACAAAGUACACAUAAUGAUGAAAAACCUUUUAGUUGUGCAGUUUGUGACAAACGAUUCUCUCUCAGAUCAUAUAUGGCAUCACACAUGACAAAACACACAGCAGAAAAACCCUUUAGUUGCUCAGUUUGUGCUAAAAGCUUUUCUUGUAAGCGUUAUGUGACUCAACACAUGCUGACGCACACAGUGGAAAAACCUUUUGGUUGUUCUGUUUGUGGUCAAGGAUUCAAUCAAAAGUCACAAAUGGUAUUACACAUGACAAAGCACACAGGAGAAAAACCCUUUAGUUGCUCAGUUUGUGCCAAAAGCUUUUCUUGUAAGCGUAAUUUGAGUCGACACAUAUUGACACACACAGGUGAAAAACCUUUUAGUUGCUCAGUAUGCACUGAAAGCUUUUCGAGAAAGCCUUAUUUGACUCAACACAUGCUGAAACACACAGGGGAAAAACCUUUUGGUUGUUCUUUUUGUGGUCAAGGAUUCAUUCAAAAGUCACAAAUGUUAUUACACAUGAGAAAGCACACAGGAGAAAAACCCUUUCGUUGCUCAGUUUGUGGUCGGAACUAUGCUUACAAGAAUAAUUUGGCACUUCACAUGGUGACGCACAAUGAAGUAAAACCUUUUAGUUGUUCUGUUUGUGGUAAAGGAUUUUCUAAGAAGUCACAAAUGGUAUCACACAUGAGGAAGCACACAGGGGAGAAACCCUUUGGUUGCUCAGUUUGCGGUAGUAACUACUCUAACAAGAACAGUUUGAUUCAUCACAUGGUGACACACACAGGAUAAAAACCUUUUAGUUGUUGCAGUUUGACAAAUAAUUGUCUCAAAAGCCACACAUGGUAUCUAUCGCACACAACAAAACAUACAGGAGAAAAACCCUUCAGUCGCUUAGUUUGUGCUGAAAGCUUUUUUAGCAAGCAUUAUUUGACUAUACAUGCUGACACACUAUUCCCCUGCAAGCAUGAAAUCACACAUCAGGGUACACUUAGAGACGUAACAAUAUGAAAAUUUCACAUCACGAUUAUUGUGACCGAAAUGGUCGCAGUAUUGUCGAACAUGUUCAAAAUGUUUAAAAAGCACUGAUACACACUGAAGUCUAUUAACAAAGUUUCAUCAAAAAAACGCAAAAAUAACACAAUGUACUCUCCCUGGCAGGUGAUGAUGAUGUAGCUCUGGUAGGUGUAGCCUGCUGCACGCCCACUCUGUAAAAUAAGGGAAGAACUAUUUUUAUUAUUAUUAUAUGAUGAUGAUGAUGAUUAGUAUUGUCACAGACACACUGACGUUACUCCUGUAAAAACUAAAAAUUUUGUUUCCGCCGUGAUUUGUUUUGAACAUGCAAUGUUUUUAUUCUCAAAAUUAACGAGCUCUAUGUCAGCCUUUCCGUCUCACUCGAUGCAUCUGCCUGAAUUUGGUAGCAGUGUAGGCAAUAAUGAAGUAGCAGCGGUCACAGCAGAAAACUCACAGAAACAAUAACACAUUUUGCGCUCGGUAUAGCGACCAAUAACGUGGGCUUAUUUUUUUUAGUAACGUUCGUAAACGCUUAAGUGACUUUUAUUGACAAACUAUAGGAACGUUUCACAGACAAACCACGCAUUCAACGACAAGUUUACUUACCUUACACUCGCUUAAAAGUUGUGGAUGGUGGUCAUGGAGAUGGCUCAUUAUAUUGGAAGGGUUAGCCCCUUUUGCAGAGACUGUUUUUAAUCCUGCAUUUAAUAUGUUGAUUGUCUUCAAUUUUUGUCCUAUCAGAAUCCUUCGAUAAUCCAAAAUAUGUACACAUACUGCGCAUGUGUGUUUCUUUUUACUGAUUUAUUUAUUUUUUGUUGUUGCAUGUUUGUUACACUCAAAUGUUUCAGAUCAUCAAACAAAUGUAAAUAUGACAACACAAAUGACAACACAACUGAACAGAAAAUGCAGUUUUUAAAUGAAACUUUUUAUUAUUAAAGGAGAAAAAAAUCCAAACCUACUUGGCCCUGUGUGAAAAAGUGAUUGCCCCCUAAACCUAAUAACUGGUUGGGCCCCCCUUAGCAGCAACAACAGCAAUCAAGUGUUUGUGAUAACUUGUAAUGAGUCUCUUACAGCACAGGAAUUUGGGCCGACUCAUCUUUGCAGAAUUGUUGUAAUUCAGUCACAGUGGAGGGUUUUCCAGCAUGAAGCACCUUUUUAAGGUCAUGCCACAGCAUCUCAAUAGGAUUCAGGUCAGGACUUGGACUAGGCCACUCCAAAGUCUUCAUUUUGUUUUUCUUCAGCCAUUCAGAGGUGGACUUGCUGGUGUGUUUUGGGUCAUUGUCCUGCUGUAGAACCCAAGUUGGUUUCAGCUUGAGGUCACGGACAGAUGGGCAGACAUUCUCCUUCAGGAUUUUUUGGUAGAUAGCAGAAUUCAUGGUUCCAUUUAUCACAGCAAGACUUCCAGGUCCUGAAGCAGCAAAACAUCCCCAGACCAUCACACUACCACCACCAUAUUUUACUCUUAAUAUCUUUUUCUGAAAUGCAGCCUUACUUUUACACCAAAUGUAAUGGGACACACACCUUCCAAAAAGUUCAACUUUUGUCUCAUCAGACCACAGAGUAUUUUCCCAAAGGUCUUGGGGAUCAUAAAGAUGUUCUCUGGCAAAAUUGAGACGAGAAGUAAUAUUCUUUAUGUUCAGCAGUAGUUUUUGUCUUGGAACUCUGGCAAGCAGGCCAUUUUGGCCCAGUAUCGUCGCUGCGCUCUUUGGGUAAUUUUGGUUGGCCAGCCACUCCUGGGAUGGUUUACCACUGUUCAAUGUAGGGAUGUCCCGAUCCGAUCUUCAGCAUUGGGAUCGGCUGCCGAUCCGCUGUAUUUUGAAGAUGGAAUCAAAUUGGCUUCCGCCAAGAGAUCGGGCCGAUCCGUUUGCCGUAAAACGUUUGUAACUCAGGGCCACACUCCAACAUGGUAGGUGCAGUAAUGCGCCUCAAAGCUGGUUGCCACUCGACUCUUGCCACCCGCCAAGAAGAAAUCGUAACACCACCAUGCAGACAUGUCUUCGGUGUACCGUGGUGCAGCAGUAGUUCCCCCUCACUGUUCCCAGACUGCUGUGUCAUGGUGCCAGGAGCUUGCGUGGGAAGUGCCGCUCUAACUGCUGGUUGUUUAUACGAGGAACCGUCAAUAAAUUACCAUUGUGUUAAAGAGAGUUUGGUAUAAAAAAUGUCAUAUAUUCUAAAUCACACCACAAGUUGAUCUAUAACCAUGUCAAAUGAUUAGUCCUACCCUUAAAGUAUUUUGCAUGACCAUUUUUUCCAAUUUGAUCUUUUAUUGGAUGGACUUUUUUUUGGAUUACGGACCUGAUUUACAGAGGUUUUGUUUCAAAGCCAAACAAUAUUGUUGGUCAUGCUGUGUAAUAGGCCUGGGCGAUAAACCAAAAAUUUACCUUUACCGAAAUUUACUACGAUAACCAACGUCAUUUUGCCCAUGUCAAUGAAUUUGGUGUUUUAAUAAAAAGGAAAAUAAAGGUAUUUUUUUGUCUGUUUUGACUGUGUGCUGGUAUGCUGUGUUCAUUCCCCUUUAGACGAGGUACAGUGUGUAGUCACGUGACUCCACCCAUCCACCCUGAACAAGAAGGGAAAUAGCAUUAGCACUAGCGCUAGCACUAGCAUUUCACUCGCAUAUGCGCAUAGAAAUAGACAGCGCGAGUAGAAAAAAUAAAAAGGGAGCAGAUGCGCC